AACGGGUUCUAUUGUACACAAGAUUGGCAUAUACAGGACACCAUGAGAGUGGUAUAUCUGCUGCCAUUUUUGGUAGCGUUUUGUUUAAGUGAUCCCAUUGAGGAGGGCGAAGUUGAUUGGUGGCAGAGUACCAUUUUCUACCAGAUUUAUCCACGGUCGUACGCUGAUAGUAAUGGCGAUGGCAUUGGUGAUCUUAAUGGAAUCACAUCAAAAUUAGAAUACAUUAAGGAGAUUGGAGUUGGCGCGAUUUGGCUUUCGCCGAUAUUUCAGUCACCUAUGUACGACUUUGGUUACGACAUUGCGGAUUUCUACGCCAUCCACGAUGAGUAUGGCACUAUGGCUGACUUCGAAGCCCUUACAGCAAGGGCUGCAGAACUCGGAAUCAAGGUGGUAUUAGAUCUUGUACCUAAUCAUUCGUCUAAUGAAAGUGAAUGGUUCAAAAAAGCACUCGAAGGCGAUUCAAAGUACUACAAUUAUUUUGUCUGGGAAGACGGUGUCAUCGAUGAGAAUGGAAACCGACAACCUCCCAACAAUUGGCUUAGCCACUUCCAUGGCAGCGCUUGGGAGUAUAGAGCAGAAACGGACAAAUACUAUUUACACCAGUUUGUCAUUGGUCAGCCUGAUCUUAACUACCGAAACCCUGAACUGGUCGCAGAGAUGAACAAUGUUGUCCGUCAUUGGCUAGGAAAAGGAGUAGCCGGAUUCAGAGUAGAUGCAGCAAACACUUUAUUUGAAGUCGACAAGGAAUUAUUCAAUGGAACGUAUCCCGAUGAACCCUUGUCAGGAGCUGUGGGUGUGGAAUUAGACGACCAUGAUUCGUUGAACCAUAUUUAUACUAAGAACCAAAACGAAACCUACUAUAUUAUCUAUGAUUGGAGAGAUAUUCUUGAUGAGUUUAAAGCCCAAGAUGGCAUGUCAAGAACCAUGAUGACUGAAGUGUACGCUACUAUUCAGGAUGUUGUCAAAUAUUUCGGAGUAGGGGGAAGGAACGGUGCACAGAUGCCAUUUAAUUUUGAUUUGAUCACUGACGUGAAUGCAGAUUCUUCCGCCCCUGAUAUUAAAAGGGCUAUAGACAAGUUCUUGACGUAUAAACCUCUUGAUAAAGAUGCAAAUUGGGUGGUUGGCAAUCACGACAACCAUCGGAUGGCAACUAGAUACGGCGCAACACUUGUUGAUGGCAUAAACAUGAUUGUGUUGCUUCUUCCUGGAGUCGGAGUUACUUAUAUGGGUGAAGAAAUAGGCCUCUUGGAUGGUGAAGUCACCUGGGAAGAAACAGUUGAUCCUGCUGGAUGUAACACCGAUCCGGAUAACUACAUGAGAUAUUCCAGAGAUCCUGAGAGAACACCUAUGCAAUGGAAUGCGCAGACAAAUGCAGGUUUUUCUAACGCUAGCACGACUUGGUUGCCAGUAGCGAGCAACUACAGAACAUUAAAUGUUGAAGCCCAAUUGGCAGCCACCAGGUCACAUUUGAAGAACUACCAAGCUCUAGCAAAGCUACGGCUGGACAGAGUGUUCCGACUUGGACGCUUUGAGUCACUUGCUUUAAACGAAGAUGUAUUUGCUUUUAAAAGGUGGUACAACGGAGAGGUUUACCUUGUGGUAGUGAACAUGCGAGACACGGCGCACGACGUGAACCUGACACACUUUGAAAACGUCGAGGGUGACGUCACAGUUGUGAUAAGGAGCGUGGAUUCGACGAAGAACGAAGGAGAGGUAUUCUCCGCCUCUUCGAUCCCAUUAGCUGGGUAUGAAGCAGUGGUGUGGAAGGCACAAACUAGUGGUGCCACGGAGCUGAAGAGUCUUAGCAUUGUUUCAUUGUGCUUCGUAUAUUUACUAGUCUAUUUUUAUUCAAAUGCUAACAAUUAGUAAUUUGAA